UCACACGAUCAUGAAGACCGCUGCUAUAACCCUGUUGUCCGCCCUGCUGGUGGUGUCGUUUCACGAAGGUUUGAGCAGCCUUGUGGGACGACAUGAGCUGAGGAAAAGAGAGGUUGAUUGCUCUGUAGGACCAGAUAUAGGAGGACCACAUGACACCGACAGAUGCUGCACCAAGGCGAUUGGCCUGAUCGACGGUGUUUACGGUGAAAAUGAAGAACCUGAGGCGCACCACUCGCCGACUGAGAACUCCACUUGGGACGUGGUAGCCCACGGACCUUCAGAACUCGGUGAACAUGAAGAAUGGAUCAGGUGCCUCGUCGAAGAGAAGUUGCAAAACGUAUCUUUAUUGUCAGACGGCAGACUCAACGAAACUGCUCUCACGGAGCGCAUAGCCGAGCUUCUGACGCCCAACGCCACCGCCUGGACUCACGAGAAGGUCCAUGAGAUAGUCAGCGGCUGCGUGGCGACAGCAGAACAAGGAAUUUCUGGAGUUACCACGAACUGCAGCUCUGGCGCUGCAGAGUGGAUAAUGUGUCUGAAUCGCAAGAUUAUUGUGGAGUGCCCGAGCGAUUACUGGGAACAGAGUGACCAGUGCAACAGCCUGAAGGGCUACUACGUUGCGUGUCCCAGCGACCCGUCGCUGACUUCGCUGUUGGCCAUGCAUAGUCCCACGCAGGGCGUUCAAAUGUACGGCUUCUGGGACAAAGUCAAGAAAGGACUAAAAGAAACCUUGAAAAAAGUCGCGAAAGAAGCCGCGAAGGAAGCCGGGAAGCAAGUACUCAAAGAAGUUUUGAAGAAAAAAAACCAGUAAACUAAGAAGGUCUACGGCGCCCGAGAGGCGUCUACGGCGGACAGAAUCUACCUCCGAGCAGCCGGCGUACAAGACUACCACUGCAUGUCUCUCAUCCAACAUGUUAUACCCACUGGGACAAACGCUCAGAGCCGUGACUGCAAUCAACCCAACUGAGUGCAUCUUAUCCAACAUUUACAAGAGCCAUUACUUAGUUUGGAACUUGUGAAUUGCUACUUAUGUGCUAUAAAACCUAAUAAAAUUGUCUGUCAUUGCA